AUGGGGAAUGGAAUUAAGCAUGAGGAGGAGAUUCUUAAGCAAAUCCGCGAAUUCAUGCAAAAUUCCAAUGGUAUUAUUAGUCAGGAUGAUGUUAUAAAGAUAAUUGCCAAAUUUUAUUCACAGAAUUACAGUGAAUUAGGAGGAUUUUCUUCAAUAACUCGAGUUCUGAAUCAGAAAGGUAUUGCUACAAAAGUGAAAGUGAAAAUACCACAAACUUUUAUUGUCAAAUCUUCAAGUUCUAAGCACGCCCCUCCACAGCAAUUCAUAACUGUUUUUGUUGAUUCAUCCAUUCCACAAGAUAAGAAGUCAAAACUCAUUACAGAAUACAUUAAAGACGCAAUACACACACUUGCUCCUACAUUUCAUCGAUCAGUUUCUCGUGAAAUUUUAGCAGAAAAUCCAACAAAUUUAGCUGCAAAAAAUCAACCAGAAACAGAGUUCUUUUCAGUUAAAACACGUGCCUCACUCCUUCAUUUAUUCCUAAUUCAUAAUUUUCACAAUCGAAAAUUAGAUGUCAAUUUAAUAUUGAAUUCCAUGCCUUUAGGCUUGAUUGUUCAGAUAUUUAGAUCCAUAGAUUCGAAGUAUUUCUGUCUGCAUCCAUCAAUUGUUGUUCCAUUACAACAAGACAAAGUAAUGGAAUUAAAUAUGAUGAUUGCGAUGCUUAAACCACCAUACAAUCCACUUAUUGUUGAUGGCGUUAUAAAAUCAAGCGCUGAAGUUGAAAUAACAAAUUUAAAUUUCUCAAAAAUUUUUGAUUUUGUUUUUGAUCCCGCUGCUCAUUACCAAUAUUGGACACUAAUUAAUUCUAUUGCCAAUGUUCCACCUCAAAAGUUCCCUAUUACUGUUAUACAACGAUUUGAACCUUAUUUAAAUUCAAUUUACUCAGAAAGUGUCUUAUUUUCUCUUCCAUUCUUUCCACGCGAAGUCGAAGAAGCCUCAGCCGAACAUUAUAUCCCUCCUCCAGCGCUUUCCUACUAUUUGCAGAAAUUAUAUAAAAAGAAAUUGAGAGUUAUCAACCAUCCACGCCGAUCUUUCCUUGAAACACACUUAUUCCCUUCCAGUGGGAUAUAUUCCAUGAUCGUUUCUGACAAAUCUGCCCUUCCUUCCCUUGUUUUUUCACCUCCAAGUUAUUUUUCAGAAGAAUUCGAAGUCGACAAAUCUCUUAAGUCCGUCGCAAAGCUAUUUUUAGCAUCAAGACUAUCUAGUGAUGGCUUCAUUUUGUCGAAAAGAUCAAACUACGAGCAACUUAAGGAAAAAUGCAAAAUUUGGAUAAAAGAAAACACGAAAAUAUCCAAUUUCAGGGCGAGUAUGUUCGACGAAAAGUAUUUUAUUAACACUUACAAUGAAGUUGUUGCCAAUGUAAUGGUUGUUUUCCAUGGUUUGGCGAAUCUUGAUUCAGAUGUUACGCAAACAGUUAAUGCUACGUGCGAAGAGAUCAAUUCAUUGUACACAGCAGCCAAAAACACUACGAAUCUUGAAAGAUCGACCUCAGUUGCUUUUGAAUUUUUAAAAUCUAUUUUACAAACAGAAUAUUCUCUCAGAAACGAGACACUUUCAGUCAGACAAUUAUGCCACUUAUCAACAGAAUCCAUCGGUAACGCUCUAUGGAUGCUUUCUGCCUUAGGAUUACUAUCAAUGGAAGAUUACAAAGGUUUAGUCACUCUUCCCAAGUGCGAAUGGCUUUUCGAUGACUACAAAGCACUUAAAGAUUCUGAUCCACAAAGAAUUAACGUGAUUCCAAGGCCCGGUCAUAUAUUUUCAUUUUUUUCAGAAGAUAGAAAAUUUGAAAUUGAAUGGUCGGGGAAAAAUCGGAUUGAAAAAACCGAUAUUUACUCGAUUUUCACACCAGAGGUUGCUAAUAUCAGCAAAUCAAAGAUUUAUGAGUUUAAUUUCGUUCCAAUCAAAGAAAAAUUUCCAAAAUUACAAAUACCAAACACUCCAAAAGAAAAUAACCAAGAAAAGAUGAAUGAAGAGAUAUUAUCAACCGAUCCUUUAUCAUUCUACUCGUUUGCAAGAAUAGAAACCGAAGAUUUCAUUUUCCCAGAUCUGAUGGACAGAUAUCUUUUCGGACAAAUAUCAGGUGCUAGCGUAGAUGGGAUAGGAAUACUAGAAAUAGCAUCUGCAUUUGAUGCAAGUGUUACUUCAGAGCUUUUUAUGCAGUUUUUCGAAAGAAUCGAAGUAUUCAUUCGACUAAACUUAGUUUGUCGAGUUCCUACAUCAUCAUAUGAACCAGUAUAUAGUAGAUAUCCAUGCUGUCACAUGAUUGCCAAGAAUUCCAUGAAUAAAAUCGAUUUAGUUCCAGUUCAUUUGUGGAUUGAUGAAAAUGGCGACGUUUUAACCGAAAGGAUUGAUGAACUAAGAAAGAAUCUUGUUGUAUUCGUUCUUUCCCACGAAUUAUGUACAUUUGAAGAGCUUUUAGAAGCAUUUCCUUACAUUUCACCAAAUGAUUUAUGUUUUCUACUAGACGCACUAGAAAGUGAUGAAGUAUUAGCAUCACAAUACUCAUUCGAAGGUGCAGGAGGCCUGUAUGACAAAGAUGUAAAUCUUUGUUCGCAAGAAUUUAAAAAUGAUAUCUUUUUGUCGAUAGUUGCCGAACACAAUGCCCUUGGAACAGAAUCAAAGCUUGUUAGACGAAUAAGAACUACAUCAUCUUCUUUAUAUAAUGUUUGUUUAUAA